AUGUCGCACAAUACCCCAGACAGCCUCCUCAAGCUCGCUGCCGAGCUCAAUAAGCUGGGUGGAGAACUUUGCGCAAUAGGUGGCAAGCUAGCACAGGCCGCAACAACUCUCGAGCAAGAAGCUGCCAAUGUUGCUCUUACGAACGCGCAGCGAUGGGGGGUCGAUGUACAGGUUGCUGUAAGGGCUGGACCGCAUGGUCAAUGGACUGGGCAAGGAAACGAGAUUGUCGUUAAUGGCGCGAAGAAGUAG